GGAGGGUCAAUGUCGAGGGCCAUUUAUAGACAAAACGCGCAGAGAGAGAGAGAAAGAGCAUACAAAACUUGACAUAUCCUUUUUAGUUUCCACAAACGUGCAAUAAGCCUACAACCUGGACUGCACGAACAGAAAAACGCUCAAUUAUAGCAAGCACUUAGCGCUGGAAAGGAUAAGUAACACUGAGGAACCAGACACAUGCCAUUGCUAUAAAUAACAGUACAUUAGACAGUGUGCAAUGGCUCCGCCGCUCUCGCAGGCCUACAGGAGGCGCUGGUGGAUGGCUGUCACAUCAAUCAUAGAAAACCUGCUCUUCUCUGCUGUAUUGUUGGGUUGGGGCUCCCUUCUUAUCAUGCUGAAGAAUGAGGGCUUCUACUCGCACCUGUGUACAGAGAAUGUCACAGAGACUCACACUAAUGUGAGUUUGACGGAACGGACGGUUUGGCUGAGCUGUAUUGAGCAGGAGGAGAUUCUGAAUCUGGGCUUUACGAUUGGCUCGUUCAUCAUCAGCGCAGCCACUCUGCCGCUGGGUAUCCUGAUGGACAAGUUUGGACCACGUCCAAUCAGAUUGUUUGGCAGUUCGUGCUUUGCCUUAUCCAUGGCUUUGAUUGCAGUGGCAUCUUAUGAUCCAAAAGUGUUAUCAGCUAUCAUAUUUAUUGCUGUGUCCAUGAAUGGGUUCGGAGGAAUCUGUCUAACCUUCACUUCACUCACAUUGCCAAAUAUGUUUGGAAAUGUGCGGUCUACGAUUCUUUCGCUCAUGAUUGGCUCAUACGCGUCCUCUGCUGUCACCUUUCCAGGAGUCAAGCUGAUCUAUGAUCUGGGCGUCUCAUUUUCGGUUAUAUUCUGGGGAUGGGCAGGGUUUGCCUGCCUCGUCUUCCUUAACUGCUUUUUUAACUGGCCGGGAGAAUCGUUUCCUGGCCCUGAGGACAUCAGAUACACUACAAUGGUGAAGUUGAGAAGUGAAGCAGCGGACCAAAGGAUGUCUGAAGAAAGUUCUUUCACUCAGGAGACUCCUAAAGAGCAAGAGGCGACCAAACAGCAACCUUCCACGGAUGAAGCUCCCAGCGAUGGACCAGCUGCUCAGAGCCAGGGAUCUCCUCCCUUUCUCCGUUCUGUGUGCUCACCUAUUUUCCUUUGGAGCAUCAUCACCAUGGCGAUGACCCAGCUCCGUCUCAUUUUUUUCAUGGGUGCCAUGAAUAAGAUGCUGGAGUUCCUCGUUACCCACGGUGACCCUAAUCCCUCAGAGGAGUUGGUGAAGGAGGCAGAGGAGAAAGUGAAUCUCUACUCGUCCAUCUUUGGCACUCUUCAGCUGCUCUGCCUGGUGUCCUGUCCUCUGAUUGGCUACAUCAUGGACUGGAGAAUGAAGGAGUGUGAGGACGUGGUGAAUUCAGCCAAGGGAGAAAAAAGUCCCUCAGGGCCUCCAAAAAGGGACAGAAAGAUCCAGAAACUCACCAAUGCCAUCAGAGCUUUCAUUUUUACAAACACCCUGCUAUUCAUCUUUGGCAUCAUCUCUCUCAUAGACAAUCUACCCGUACAGGUGGUGUCAUUUGUUCUUCACACUGCAGUGCGGGGUUUUAUUCACUCCUGCUGUGGUGGGCUCUACGCCGCUGUCUACCCAACCAAUCACUUUGGCACUCUGACGGGCUUGCAGUCCAUGAUCAGUGCUGUUUUUGCCCUCCUACAACAACCACUCUUCAUGUGCAUGGUGGGACCAUUGAAGGGUGAUCCUUAUUGGAUCAACUUGAGCCUGCUUGUGUUCUCAUUGGUUGGAUUCCUGCUGCCGGGAUACCUCUUCUACCACCGGAGACAAAUUACAAAGGAGAAUGCAGCACUUGAUAGACUGUCAGUGAGCCAGUCAGCGCAGGAGACCAACAGCCUCAGACAAACAUAUGAUUCAGCAAAAUAUCAAAUCAACGGGAACGUCUGAGGUGGAAAACAUUUAGGAUUGUGAAUUAUACGCCAGAUACGAGUUAUGAUAUCAUGGCACUUCAGAAACUGAAUUAUUGGCCUUCGUGUUCAGUCAAUGUUGAGUCUUGACAAAUAUAAAACAGUGUUAAAAAACAAGCAAAUGUGCAAUUUAAAGCAUCAAACAAGACUUUGACUGUGUGACUGGUCAGGAAGUAUUUUCAAGGCUUUUAUUAUCAAUUAGAAAAACUUUAUGCCAUGACCUACAAUAUAUAGUCUGCAGUUUUCUCCAUUUAUUAUUAUUGCAUUGGCACUUUGAGAUGUCCAUUAAGUGGUAGCAGAACCAGAAGGCAUUAAAUAUGAUCAAAAACAUUGACCCUUCCUUCCAUGAAGCAACUCCUGCCUCAUCACUUUUGUUUUGUUCCAUUAAGAAAAUCACAGUGUUACUGUGCACAAUUAAUCAGUGCAUUUUAUACCAAAGACAAUCAUUUUUAAUCAAAAAUGACUGAACUUGUAUUGUAUCUUGUUAUGAUCUUCUUUAUGGAUGUGCAGGACACAGACAUAUUCAAAUUCACUAGUAUGCCUAGUCAUAAAAAAUGUUAAAUAACAUUUGCCAUAUGUAGAAUGUAGAGAAUGUAAUGUCCUUCUAAAGGGUAAUCCUCAUCCUCUUUCCUUCAAGACUCAGGUAAAUGAGGCAGGGCUUCAUGUAAUGCUCACUUUACCUUGACAUGGAUCAUUUUAAUAUUAAACCUUUUUUUUUGCCAUCCCUCUCUCACUAAACUUGAUGGAAAUGCAGCUUUAUAUGACAAGUGGUAAAUGCAGAUGAUUUGUUUUAUCGCAGAGGCCAGUUUUGCACUAUAUUUUUUGUUUCAGAAGUGCUGUUUUGAAUGUUACAGGACUGUAAUCAUGUGAUCGGUUUCAAUGAUUACUGAUGGUUCAACAUAAUGCUGCUUGUACUGUGCACACGACUGUAAAUAUGCCUGAAAGAAAAAAUAAAUCAAAUAUUUUCUCUCAAAUCA